UCCAAACAAGCCACGGCUCUUUUCCUUUCCUUUUCUUCUCUCUGAUCAGGCCAUGGAACCCCACCAAAACCAUCCUUCAGCAGAUAACCCUGAAUCCCACAACCAAGAAGAUGAAGCAAAAAACAAAACCCUACAAGAAGAAGAAGAGUUGAUGAUGGAUGAGUCUUCACAAGAAGAAAUUGAGGAGAUAAUAGGCUACAAAUUCCAUGACCCAAGUUUAUUACAACAAGCCUUCACCGACUCAUCCUUUAAAGAAAACUGUUUAUCCUAUGAAAGACUUGAAUAUAUUGGUGAUUCAGUACUGAAUUUGCUGAUGGCAAAGGAACAUUAUUUUCUGUAUCCUGAACUUUUACCAGGAAAUCUCACUAAGCUUCGUGCGGCCAAUGUUAAUACUGAGAAACUUGCACGUGUGGCUGUGAAGUGCAAUUUGCAUAAGUUUUUACGUCAUAAGAAGCCUCUUCUUAGUCGACAGAUUCAAGAAUUUUCAGAGGCAAUUUCAGCCUACCCUUUGCACUCCACAGGGUUAGUUGCUGCUCCGAAAGUGCUUGCAGACAUUGUUGAGUCCUUAAUUGGUGCCAUAUUUCUUGACAGCAACUCUUCAUUGGACACAACAUGGCAGGUAGUGAAGAACUUGUUGCAACCGAUGAUCACUCUCACAACUAUUAAAACGCAUCCGGUAACAAAACUUCAUGAAAUAUGCCAGAAGAAUGGACUAAAAGUUGAAUUCGUUGACAUGUGGAAAGAAACAGGAGAGAUUGAAGUUUAUGUCGGCCAUGAAUAUGCUGGAACAGGAAAAUAUUGUUCCAAGAGGUUGAUUGCACUGAAUAGGGCAGCAGCUAAUGCCUAUAACCACAUUCUGAAGAAGUUGAGCACUGAUGGUUUGAUCUAAUUGUAACAAGCAAUUAUGCAAUUGUAAUAAAUUAUAAGGAUUGAUGUUUCAUGCACUGUCAAUGUAUAUAUGAUAGAUUUAGAUGCAUGUCACAUUGUUUCAAUUUGAAUUUGAACACCAAAUCUUAUAUAUGUGACAUACAUCUAGAAUCGCUAGUAUAUAUAUUGUCAGUACAUAAAAAAUUUACCUGAAUUAUAAAUGUGUAUGUAUCUACCCAUAAUUCUCAUGUGACCCGAACCAAAUUGCACAA